AGCAAGCCCAUUGGCCACGGAGUGGGGCUAGGCCCUGCCUCGAGCCUGGAUGGAAGCACGUGCUGGGGGCGGGAGCAGCGAUCGCAGCUAUGGCGUCGUUACUUUGGGCUGGCGACGCCGGGGCAGCGGACGGCGAGCGGCUGAGCAGCCAAUUUUCAAAUCUCAUCCACCCCCGGAAGAACCUUCUGGGUACCACAGUCCCAAAUAUAGAUGAUUCUCUUAAUAACCCUGAAGAUGAUGAAGAUGAUGUAGUGGAUUUGGCAGCUAAUUCACUCUUAAACAAAUUAAUCCAUCAGUCCUUAGUAGAAUCCAGUCACCUAGUGGAAGUCUUGCAAAAGGAUCCCAGCUCUCCACUGUACUCAGUAAAAACAUUUGAAGAGCUACGACUAAAGGAAGAGAUACUAAAAGGGAUCUAUGCAAUGGGAUUUAACAGGCCAUCCAAAAUCCAAGAGAUGGCUCUUCCUAUGAUGCUGGCACAUCCACCCCAGAACCUCAUAGCACAGAGCCAGUCUGGAACGGGGAAAACAGCCGCCUUUGUUUUGGCAAUGCUAAGCAGAGUGAAUGCCUUGGACAUGUUUCCACAGUGCCUCUGUUUGGCUCCUACCUAUGAACUGGCUCUGCAGACUGGCCAUGUGGUGGAACAGAUGGGAAAAUUCUGUAUGAAUGUUAAUGUGAUGUACGCCAUUCGAGGAAAUCACAUUCCCAGAGGAACCGAAGUCACCAAACAGAUUGUAAUUGGCACCCCCGGGACCGUCCUUGAUUGGUGUUUCAAACGCAAACUGAUCGAUCUGACUAAGAUUCGUGUGUUUGUCCUGGAUGAGGCAGAUGUGAUGAUGGAUACCCAGGGCUUCUCGGACCAGAGUAUUCGGAUUCAGAGAGCUUUGCCCUCCGAAUGCCAGAUGCUCCUCUUUUCAGCAACCUUUGAAGACUCUGUUUUGCAGUUUGCUGAGCGAAUCAUUCCUGACCCCAAUGUUAUCAAGUUACGAAAAGAGGAGCUGACCCUGAACAACAUCCAACAGUAUUAUGUGUUGUGUGAGAACAAGAAAGACAAGUAUCAAGCUCUGUGCAACAUUUAUGGUGGGAUCACCAUUGGCCAGGCCAUCAUCUUCUGCCAGACACGUCGAAAUGCCAAGUGGCUGACUGUGGAAAUGAUGCAGGACGGCCACCAGGUGUCCUUGUUGAGCGGGGAGCUGACGGUGGACCAGCGAGCUUCUAUCAUUCAGAGGUUUCGAGAUGGGAAAGAGAAGGUUCUGAUAACAACCAAUGUUUGUGCUCGAGGGAUUGAUGUGAAGCAGGUCACGAUUGUUGUAAACUUUGAUCUCCCUACAAACCAAGCACUGGAGCCUGACUAUGAGACCUACCUCCAUCGCAUUGGGCGGACAGGACGCUUUGGGAAGAAAGGCCUUGCCUUCAACAUGAUUGAAGUGAAUAAACUGCCCCUGCUCAUGCAGAUCCAGGACCAUUUUAAUAGCAGUAUUAAGCAUCUCGAUCCUGAAGACAUGGAUGAGAUUGAAAAGAUUGAAUAUUGAAGAAAGAACUUUAUUGUGUAUGAGGUAUCCUGUUCUUUGUGACAAUGUUCCUGAAGGUUUUGAAGAUACUUUUUUAUGUUGAGGCUCUUUCGAUGUGAAACUGUCACAGAUGGCAAAAUAAAUGUCAUGGUACUCUUAGUUUUAAGACCUGAGGUCUUUUGGAAACCAUAUUAAUGUAAAGCACGUGAUACUUUUGAAUUAAAAAAAAAAGCAAGAUC